UUUAUUUAAGAAAAGAUGCCGAGGGCACCGCAAAUACUCGUUAACGGGUUUCAUAGUACGCAUUGUUCUAUCCAGCUCGCUCCUUGCAAAAAAGAAGUAUUGGAUUGGCUUGGAGUAAUGGCUAUAUCGUCAACCUCUUCUUGCUCACAUCCUUACUUACUUCAAAACUACGUCGUUUCUUCACCUACAAACCGUCUUUCCAGUUUCGGUUACCAAUCAAGUUUGUUCGGCUCCAAACUGACCAAGAAAUGCCUCUCGCUGACCGGCAAAGCCCGACCCAACCGACCCGAUCCAUUCUCUCGCUCGGAUCUGAAUCCGAUAUCUGCAUCUUCUCAAACUUUCGAUGUUGUCAUCGUUGGAGCUGGAGUAAUCGGGUUGACCAUUGCCCGUCAAUUCCUUCUCGGGUCGGACCUGUCCGUCGCCGUGGUUGACAAAGCCGUUCCUUGUUCAGGUGCCACUGGUGCUGGGCAGGGUUACUUAUGGAUGGCACACAAGACCCCUGGUAGUGAUAUAUGGGAGCUCGCUUUGAGAAGCCAUGAGCUGUGGCGUGAGUUGGCUGGGAAUCUUCGGGAGCAAGGCAUGGAUCCUCAAGAGCAUAUGGGUUGGAAGAACACAGGAAGUUUGCUAAUUGGUAGAACUCCUAAGGAGGUAGAUGUUUUAAAAAGGCAAGUGAAGUUACUACAAGAUGCUGGGGUAAGAUCGGAGUAUCUGUCUGCUACUGAUUUGCUUUCAAAAGAACCUUUUCUCCUGGUUGAAAAUGAUGGUGGGGCUGCUUUUCUGCCUGAAGAUUGUCAAUUGGAUGCUCAUCGUGCGGUUGACCUUGUUCUAAAGGCUAACAGACAUUUUUCAUCAAAAGGCAGAUAUGCAGAGUUCUUUUAUGAUCCAGUUACAACCCUAUUAAGAACUGGUAGCAGUGGGGAGGUCAUAGGUGUUAAGACUGCGAAGAAUACCCUGUUCUGUAACAAGGCAGUUGUAGUUGCGGCUGGUUGUUGGAGUGGAUCUUUGGUGCAGGACCUGUUUAGAGAUUCAGGAAUUGUAUUGGAUGUCCCAGUAAAACCUCGAAAGGGUCAUCUGCUGGUGCUUAAGAAUUUCAGUUUCCUUCAACUGAAUCAUGGUCUAAUGGAGGCUGGGUAUCUUGAUCAUAAAACUGCAACUAAGCUUCCUAGUAGCUCGACUUCAGUCAUAUCUGAUCAUGAUCAAAACUUGUCAAUUUCAAUGACUGCCACCAUUGAUUCAAUGGGGAAUGUAGUCCUUGGGAGUAGCCGCCAGUUUGCAGGUUUCAACACUGAAACAGAAGAAUCUGUGAUAAAUCUCAUAUGGGAGCGAGCUACGGAUUUCUUCCCCAAAUUAAGAGAACAAUCCCUCUCUGAUUUCAUUGAAAGAAGUGAAGUUAGAGUAGGAUUACGACCUUACAUGCCUGAUGGGAAACCAGUAAUUGGGUCUGUCCCAGGGUUGUCAAAUGUGUUGCUUGCAACAGGACAUGAAGGUGGAGGACUUUCUAUGGCCCUGGGGACUGCUGAAAUGGUUGCAGAUAUGGUGCUGGGCAAUCCAGAGAAAGUUAAAUCUACACCUUUUGCUGUUCAAGGUCGAUGUUGUUGAUUAAGUGUCAGCCAAUCAACGAUGCUUUCAUUUUCCUGACCAUAUGUAUGUUUGAAGGUACUCCCAUGCGUUUCUCACAAAUCUUUUGGUCACGCCUGCCAGAGCAACUCUGUCCUAAGUUUUGUUUGGGAAUAUUUUGUGCCUUGCUGUUUUACAUGCUAUUACUUUUUCCCCUACUAAAUGCUUUUAUUUCAUCUUAUUGACCAUAUGUGCACAAGAACAAUGUACUGUAAAUAUUUUCUCAGAAUUUUGCUAUUUCACAAUAAUGCUACGGCUUGGGUGCUUGAAAUCUUUUGAAUCCA